UUAUCUUUGUUUGUUAAGGGGGCGAGGGGUUAUUAUUUGCUUUUUUUAAAAAAUAAUUUUGGGAAGAUCUUGGAGAGAGAAAGUGGAAGAAAGAGAGAGAAAGUGGAAGAAAGAGAGAAAAACACUGAAGUGAGUUAUCAAUUCUGGUUGUAUGUAUCAUUUUAGAUUUACCGCUUCCCCCUUAGUAAAUGUGCAUUUGAUGUGAAGGGGUUAGCUUGCUUUUAUUUGUGUUGAAGUUAAGAGAGAUAGAAAUAGAGAGAGAGAGAGCUGUUUAAUGGAGGUGUGGAUUUUGGUUUUGAAGAAGUGAUCUUUAUAUGCCAUGUUUUGUUCCUGUUAAAACCUUUCUGAUUAUUAUUUUUUCAAGCGUCCUCUUUGUUUAGAGUUUUGCUUGUUAAUCUUUGGGAUCUGGGUUUUGAGUGUUCUAGGGCUUUCAGUUUGUUCAGCCUUUGACUGCGUUAGUCUCUUCAUUGGGUUCCCUUGCAUAUUUUUGUCCUUGUACGUUUUUCUUAAAAAAAGGGGAUUUUGACUUUCUUGAAUACUUCCAAUUCUGGGUUCUUCUCUGUGCGUUUUGCACCUGAAAAGCUUUUCUUUUUCGAACUGAUCAUGAGAUGCUAUUUGUCUCAGGUCGGAGCCUGAGAUUCUCUGUGGUAUUUCUUUCCUCUUCAUCAGUUUUUUGGUUCCUUGUGUGUUGUUUCUCUCUGAAUUGAAGUCCCUUUUAGCAGAAUUUAGGGCUUUCUUGAUCUGGUACAAGAUUCCUCCAUUUAGGUUUUGAAAGUCGAACCCAUUUCAUUAGGGGAAAAAAGGGAUUUUUGUUGGAUGUGUUAAAAUCUAUUUUUUUGUGGCGAAUUUUGAGCUGGUUUUGUUUCUGGGUUUUCAAGUGUUGCCGCUUUGAUGCAUCUCUCACUGUGGAAACCCAUAUCUCACUGUGCUGCUCUGCUCUUAGACAAGAAGAGCAGCAAGAGAAGAGAUGGGUCUGAAUCAGUGGCUGAAAUAAAAAAGAAUCCUUCGGUUCUCCGUAGACUACAUGAGAACAAGCUCCGGGAAGCUCUUGAAGAAGCAUCUGAAGAUGGGUCUUUGUUCAAGUCCCAAGAUAUGGAAUCUGAUUCUCUACCCAAGCAAGAUGAGAGCUUGGGGCGAUCAAGGUCCCUUGCAAGACUUCAAGCUCAGCGUGAAUUCUUGCGAGCCACUGCUCUAGCAGCCGAGCGUAUAUUUGAGAGUGAAGAUUCUAUCCCCGAUCUCCAUGAGGCUUUCAAUAAGUUCCUCACAAUGUACCCAAAAUACCAGUCAUCGGAGAAGAUUGAUCAGCUCAGAUCAGAUGAGUAUGCGCAUCUGUCGCCAAAGGUAUGCCUUGAUUAUUGUGGAUUUGGGCUUUUCUCUUAUGUUCAAACUUUGCAUUACUGGGAGUCUUCUACAUUUAGCUUGUCUGAGAUAACUGCAAAUUUGAGUAACCAUGCACUCUAUGGUGGUGCUGAGAAAGGCACCGUGGAAUAUGACUUGAAGAGUAGGAUCAUGGAUUAUUUGAAUAUUCCCGAACAUGAGUAUGGCCUUGUGUUUACUGUAAGCAGGGGAUCUGCGUUUAAGUUGCUGGCUGACUCGUAUCCUUUUCACACAAAUAAGAAAUUGUUGACCAUGUUUGAUUACGAGAGCCAAUCGGUGAAUUGGAUGGCGCAGAGUGCUAGGGAAAAGGGCGCAAAAGUGAACAGUGCUUGGUUUAAAUGGCCAACUCUUAAGCUUUGUUCUACCGAUUUGAGGAAGAGGAUUUCGAAUAAAAAGAAGAGGAAGAAGGAUUCUGCAGUUGGUCUUUUUGUUUUCCCAGUACAGUCUAGAGUAACGGGGGCUAAGUAUUCAUAUCAGUGGAUGGCAUUGGCUCAACAGAACAAUUGGCAUGUCUUGCUUGAUGCUGGGUCAUUGGGUCCUAAAGACAUGGAUUCACUUGGCCUGUCCUUGUUUCGACCAGAUUUCAUUAUCACAUCAUUCUAUAGGGUGUUUGGAUAUGAUCCUACUGGCUUUGGGUGCCUUCUUAUAAAAAAGUCGGUCAUGGGAAGCCUUCAGAACCAGUCGGGAUUCACUGGUUCUGGAAUUGUGAAGAUUACCCCCGAGUAUCCUCUCUAUCUGAGUGACUCUGUAGAUGGCCUUGAUGGAUUGGGUGGAAUUGAGGACAAAGAAGUUGGUGCGAAUGGUGAUAAGCCCUCUGAGAGCCGUCUAGGUUCACAGUUGCCUGCCUUUUCUGGUGCCUACACAUCUGCUCAGGUCAGGGAUGUAUUUGAGACAGAAAUGGAUCAAGACAAUAGUUCUGAUAGAGAUGGAGCGAGCACCAUAUUUGAAGAAACUGAGAGCAUAUCUGUAGGAGAAGUGAUGAAGAGCCCUGUCUUUAGCGAAGACGAGUCAUCAGACAACUCAUUCUGGAUUGAUUUGGGUCAGAGUCCAUUGGGGUCUGACAAUGCGGGUCAGUUGAACAAACCGAAAAUAGCCUCGCCCAUUCCUCCUUUUUGGUUUAGUGGCAGGAAGAACCACAAGCAGCUCUCUCCGAAGCCAACAACAAAGAUUUAUGGAAGCCCAAUAUCCGAUGAUAAAGAUGCUAACCUGGGGCAUGAUGAUCAUGUAUUAUCCUUUGAUGCUGCUGUUUUAUCAGUUUCACAUGAACUGGACCGUGUGAAGGAGAUCUCUGAAGAAGGACAAUUUGCUGGAAUGAAUGGCAGAUCGCACAAUCAUAAGAAGGCUUCAGAUCAUACACGUGUUUUGGAAAUAGAGGAAGAACAGAGUAACAGCAAUGCACUGGCUGUUGGGUCUGUAUCUGGUUCUGCAAUAAAUGGAGCUCGCCUCAAUAAUUCUUCUGUCUUUCAGAAUAAUGGCCUAGGAAAUGGCUCAACUUCUGAAAUUGCCUCGGAGAUUAAAGAGAGUGCCAUUAGAAGAGAAACUGAAGGUGAAUUUAGGUUGUUGGGGAGGAGGGAAGGAAACAAAUACAAUGGUAGCAGAUUUUUGGGGCUAGAAGAUGAUCAUCCAAGCAGGGGAAGAAGGGUAUCCUUUAGCACAGAGGAUACCCGUAAAGAGCACCUGAGACAUACUUUAGAGCCAGAAGUGUCUGUGACCAGCCUUGAUGAUGAGGAUUAUACCAGUGAUGGAGAAUAUGGUGACGGACAAGACUGGGACAGGAGAGAGCCUGAGAUCAUAUGUCAGCAUCUUGAUCAUGUUAAUAUGUUGGGGCUCAAUAAAACAACUCUUAGAUUAAGGUUUUUGAUUAAUUGGCUUGUGACCUCAUUACUGCAGCUCAAAUUACCUAAUCCAGAUGGAGAUAGCGGAGUGAAUCUUGUUUACAUUUAUGGCCCAAAAAUAAAAUACGAAAGGGGUGCAGCUGUGGCGUUUAAUGUGAGGGAUAGAAACAAGGGUCUCAUCAAUCCAGAGAUUGUACAGAAGUUGGCUGAAAGAGAAGGUAUUUCUCUUGGUAUUGGUUUCCUCAAUCACAUACGGAUAUUAGAUAAUCAACGACAGCAGCAAGGAGCUCUGAACCUCAACGAUACUACCCUGUGCCAACCAAUGGAAAAUGGGAGACACGAUGCCAAAAGUGGGUUCAUAAGAGUUGAGGUUGUCACAGCAUCUCUCAGUUUCCUGACUAAUUUUGAGGAUGUCUAUAAAUUGUGGGCUUUUGUGGCAAAGUUCCUUAACCCAGCAUUUAUCAGAGAGGGUACACUCCCAACUGUUGCAGAGGAAGAACCAGAGACAUAACUUCUCAACUCGAGCAAUCCAAAUAUCAUUUGCAAAACAAUCCAGGAGUCUGAGUGGUAGAUUUGGAAGGCCCUGAAGAGGAUUUUGCAGGUACUAGUAGUAUAUGCAUGGCUUGCUCUUCCUCAAGACUCUUAGAUGUAAGCGGGUGAAUUUGUCAAUUCAUGUUUGUUGUUGCUUGAAAAUGUCUUCUUUUUGUUCCCCCCUCUUGGGGUCAUUGUGGAGUUGUUUUUAGAGAUAUGUACCCUUUUGGAAGUCACCAUGACCUCAUUUAGGAUCUCUGCUUUUGUUUUAUACACAUUCUUCAAUCCUCCUCUCUGUAAAAAGCAGUAGCUAAUU